CCUCGGCCACCUUUAAGCUUCUUCUGUCCACCACCGAGUACACCACCACGUACACGUCCGGAUUCACACGAGUACAAAUUAUUUCAUAAAUUAUUGUACUCGCGAUGGAAGUACCGAGUUUCGAAGAUCUCGGCAAAAGCGCGAGGGAUGUAUUUAAGACGGGCUACCACCAUGGCAAGGGUCUCAUCAAGUUCAAUAUCAAGACCAAAUCUGCCAAAAGAUUCCAAAUAACGAGCGACACGACGUUGAAUUAUGAGGCGUCAAAGCUCAACGGUUUAAUGGAGACAAAGUACAAGGCGAAUGCUGGGGCUCUGCUGUUAAAAUGGACAACCGAGGGCGUGCUUUUCCUGGGAUACGAGUUUAACGGGCUGCUAAUGAAGGGCGUUGAUUUGCUCUCCGAGUGCUCUUACACUCCGGAAACGGCCGCGAAAAGCGUGAAGGUCGGCUCCAAGUUCGCCAACGAGAGGAUCAACGCACGCUGCGAGAUCUCCAACGAUCUGGACUCGGGCACCAGCUGGCUCGGCUCGGUGGUAGUCAAGUGCCGGGAUCUACUCCUGGGGUACCAGGGCGGCUACGACGCGGCCACGAGCAGGGUGACGAGAAACGACGUCGGUGUCGCUUACGGCUGCGCCGACAUUGACCUGCAUCUCCGAUGCACCUGCAUACCGCGCGUGUACGGGCUCUCCGUGUUGUACAAAGCGAGACCCGACCUGGACAUCGCGGCGAACGGCAUAUACGCGAAACGAGGCGACGUGCAAAGGUGGAUGGUCGGUGCCGCGGCCAAGUGCAAGAUCGACGAGAGAUCAAUCCUGCGAUUCAAGUUCAACACCGACCUCCAGUUAGCCACGAGCCUCCUGCAGAAGCUCAGCGACAGCGUCACGCUGAUCCUCUCGCUCAACAUCGACUGCGCGAAUGUCACCCGCGGUGGUCACAGAGUCGGACUAGCGCUUAACGUCGAAGCCUAGACGAAUCCAAGACGUACUAUCGUUUGUCUGCUGUUGUGCGUUAAUCGUAACUAAAUUCAAUAACGGUCGGUCGACCAGAAUGGCCAAGGACUGUAAAUGUAUUUUUCUUUUGUACAGAAACUGUGACUUCGCGUGACAAUUGAAUAAGAUUCUCGAUAAGAAAUUUCUCUUUAAGAAGACGAAAUAAUCUUUGUGAAUUAAUUCACAUUGAU